AAGCCUAAUAACGGCCAGAGGCCACGACAGUCUCUACGCGCCGGUUCGAGUCACUCUUCUCCGUCGUCGUCACCAGAAGAGAAGAAAUGAAAAAUCCUUUCAAACUUACCCAUCGCAUUUUAGAGUUUUUACAUUUCUGCCAUUAAAGCACCUCACUCUCACACACAUUUCCAAUGUCUCUCUCCUUUCUUCCAUCGAUAUUCUUCAAAAGCUCAAUUGCAAUUCUCUUUUAAUUUCUAACCCUUUCUAACCCUAAAAUUACUAAAUAAACCUCGCUUUGAAUUUUCUUUCUCCCUUUUUCUUAUAUAAUUCUUUUAUUGGAUUGGAUCGAUGUCGGCCGUUUGAUCUUGGGGAAAUGGACGGUGCUCAUGGCAGCACGAUCUCAAACGCGGCGGCGAACGCUCCGCCGCCGUUCCUCAGCAAGACCUACGACAUGGUGGACGAUCCGUCGACGGAUGCGAUAGUCUCCUGGAGCCCAAGCAGCAACAGCUUCGUGGUGUGGAACCCGCCGGAGUUUGCGCGUGACCUACUUCCCAAGUAUUUCAAGCACAACAACUUCUCCAGCUUCGUUCGUCAGCUAAACACAUACGGUUUCAGGAAGGUUGACCCAGAUCGCUGGGAAUUUGCAAAUGAGGGGUUCCUGAGAGGUCAAAAGCAUUUAUUAAAGAGUAUCAAUCGACGAAAACCCAGUCAUGCUCAUUCUCAACCUCAGCAGCCACAAGGACAAAGCACAUCAGUUGGGGCAUGUGUUGAGGUGGGGAUGUUUGGUCUUGAGGAAGAAAUCGAGAGGCUUAAAAGGGAUAAGAAUGUCCUUAUGCAAGAACUGGUUAGGCUUAGACAGCAGCAACAAUCGACUGAUCACCAGAUGCAAACCUUAGGGCAGCGCCUUCAGGGCAUGGAACAGCGCCAGCAGCAGAUGAUGUCCUUUCUGGCGAAGGCCAUGCAGAGCCCAGGGUUUUUGGCGCAGCUGGUGCAGCAGAACGACAGCAACAGGCGCAUCGCUGGAGUGAAUAAAAAGCGAAGACUCCCGAAACAUGAGAAAGAGAACUCAGGGAGUGAUUGCACCAUGUCUGAAGGGCAAAUAGUCAAAUAUCAGCCUCUAAUCAAUGAGGCUGCGAAGGCCAUGCUCAUGCAAAUACUGAAGACUGAUCCAUCUCCCAUGCUGCAAUUGCCGAAUAACUCCGAUGGGUUUUUAAUUGAUAAUGUGCCCUCACGGUCCGAAGCAUUGGAUAGUAGAAGUAGUUCAAGUCGGGUCUCGGGGGUAACGCUUGCAGAAGUUCCACCAACCUCAGGGCAUCAAUAUCUGACUUCAGCCUCGGCAUUUCCUGGUGUCUGCCCAUCUGCUGCAGUAUCUGAGAUUCAGUCUCCUGCCACUGACAUUGAAACAAUUGCUCAAUAUCCAGAUAUAAGCAUGCUAUCUAGUGUGCAAGAAGCCAUCACUCCACCCCAGACUAAUAUCGUUAUUCCCGAAUUUGCACCUCAAAUUCAAGGAAUAGUUCCAGAAAGCAGUGCUGCUGAUGUCCUGAAUGAGAGCUUUGUGGUGCCUGAUGCGGGGUGUGGGUUCAUCGACUCCAUGUCCGUGGGAGUUGAUGGGAGGGUGCCGAUAGAAGCUGAAAAAUUCCCUACUGACACUGAUGUAGAUAUCUUAUUUGAUGGCAUACCCAAGCUUCCAAGCAUAAAUGAUGUUUUCUGGGAACAGUUCCUUUCAGCAAGCCCGCUCUCAGGCGAAACAGAGGAGGCUGAGUCGAGCACUCAAGAAACUAACACAAUGGAAAUGGAGAUGCAAGAAGAGUGCGAAAAUGUUUGGGACAAAUCUCAACACCUGGAUCAUCUUGCAGAACAGAUGGGGCUUCUUACAUCAGAAAACAAAGGCUGAAAACUAUAUUUAUGUAUAUUUUCUGUUUCGAGUCACUCGAGGUAAUCUACUCUUCUGUAAUGAUCCUUCUUAUCAGAUCGAAGUGAGAAGCAGCUAAUAUAGGAAUCUCUCACAGCAUUACACUGAGGAUGGAAUUCCUCAUUUAGGCCUCAACCAAAGAAAAAAAGAAAAAGAAAAAAAGAAAAAGAGAAAAAUAAAAUAAAAAUCAAGCUUAGCCAAAGUGAAAUGAGGUGUCGCAGGAAAGUCCAGGAACCCAUUUUUGGUGUCUGUAUGGGCUUUCUUGAUUGAUCUUGAUCUCUUGCUUUGGGUAAAUGGCUUUUGCAAUGCACCGGUAGAUAACAUGUUAUUAUAGAAGCUUACUGCAUCAUCUGUCAUUUUGAUCGGUUUCUGCAGUUGUUUUGAAAGAGUCGAUGUUAUUAGGGUAAUAUUGAGUUCUUUGUGAUAUGGCAUGUAAAUGUGGAAAUAGCUAUCACAUGAUUGUCUUUGAAGAAGAGCGUAAUCACGGUAGGCGGUCUGUGUGGCUGUUGUAGGGGAAAGUGGAAGCUAAUUGAUAUUUUUUUAGCUUUGAUGUGGCUGAUGUUAAGAUGAGGUUAACUGCUCAUUUACUUCCAUAGUGUAUUCACAGUAUUUUGAUUUUGAUUUUAUACUAUUUCACAUCUUUGAGUUUGUA